AUGUUUGGGACAUCCUUUGAUUCAGAUAGAGCAUCUAGAACUAGAGCUGAACAAUUGGCUGCAGUUACAUCAGCUCGACUCCAAGAGGCUACCAAAGCUAUUCAUGCGUCAAAUGAGAUUGCUCAGAAGGCAUUUAUCAUGCAGAAGCUUGACACUACAAAUGGUCAAUCUGCUAGUGUUGCCAUUCGAUCGUCAAAUCGUCACUAUGAUGAUGAUUUAGAUGACCAAUCAUUAAGUGAAGAUUGA